AUGAAAGUGAGGUGGAGAAACGCAGUAAGAGUGAGCAAAACAGAGAAGAAGGAUGCUAGUGAUGAAGAAGUAACAGCUCCAAUUCAAGCCACACAAGUUUUGCGUAGCUUCGCAAAGGAUCCAAACGCGAAUGUUGUUGCUAAUCUUCCUGAUGGUUGUUAUAGCAUGAAAGAAGCCAUAGAAUUCGCUCGAAACAAAAUCGAGGAAUGCAUAUUUGCCUUGAUGAGCAAGGAAACAACGGUCAAUUAUGUAUGGAAAAAAUAUAAAAGAGCACCUACAAUAUCCAUAAGUGAUUAUUACAAGAAAUGCCAUUUGUUCCCAAAUUACUUUCCUAAUCUGCCAUUUUUCUAA